AUGGAUCAUAGAUCCGAGCGAUUUCGCAAGCUUUUCUAUGAUCACAUUGCGGGGAAGCGCCGAAUCAAGGGCUCCCAAGACGCGAAGCUCUUUCUCGAAGCCGCAGACAUCAUCUGCAAGCAAAAGAGCCCGUCGACCUGUAUCGAGAAUAUUGUCUGCAGCCCCAAGGGGGUCGAGGCGGUCGGGAUCGCAGUCAGAAGUGGCCUCUCGACAGACUCGGUGAAAGCGGCGCUUGGCCUUUUCAUCAAGCAUCUUCUUUCUCAGCGGGUCAGGGCCAUUGGUGACGGACAGUUCCUUCGGCAGCUGUUGAUUGCGAUUCUGUCGCCGCCGACCUUCUGGACCGCCCUCUUAGAUGCCCAUAGGAGCGAUGCUAUCCAGGACCAGGACCUCGAGACUUUUGCUCAGCUCUGUCUCGAAAUCGUGACUACUCAGCACUCUGCUCUCGAGAUGCCAGGCGGCGAUGUCCAGCAACUGAUGAAGGGCAAGACUUUGACCGAAGCGUCAUCGUACGAAGUCAGGGUACUGGCCUACCGGAUCCAGAGAGUCCUCCAGCUCAGUUCGGCCGCCGGGCCGGUCGGCCUCGGCGACAGCCCGGGAGGGCGCCACGACAAUGGCUUUGCCGACUUUCGACAAAUCGAAAUCUAUCCUACCACAGACGAGAUUCGGUCCGCCGAGGAGCCUUUUCUCCAGCGCCUGGACGACGUGUUUAGCGGCCCGAAGGAGUCGCGGGUGAGAAAUCAUCGCGAUUGGCUGUAUCGCCUGCUCCGGGAGGACAUGUUGGCAGAGCUGAGAGAAGAUCUUCUCGCUGCCUUGGGACAGAAAAAGACCAGUCGAGCUGUCAAAACCUUCAAGGAUCUUUCUUUGGCCGAGGCUAGUCCCACUGGUUUCCUUUCUACAGUGCCCAUGACGCUCACCAUCAGUUGCGGCGAUGGAGUCACGUUUCCUCGCCAAGCGUCUACCGGCGAAGACAAGAAAAAGUUCCUGUAUGACAACAGGGCCUUUAUGCAGCAUCGUUCAGACGUCGACCUGCUAUGCAAGUCACCCCCCGUCCUCGUCGUCCAGUUCACGGACGCAGCCGGGCUACGCAACACUCUCGAGGCUCUACUAGGAGCGAAGAGGCAAGAACUCAAUUUCGUUGUCGUAAACACGCCAACGUUUGCCUAUGAACCUAUUCUGCAGCGCCUCAAGGGGGUUGUGGAUGUGCCGAUUGUGGACUCGCUGCUCGAUCUGGCAGACGCAGCCUUGGCUAAAUACCAGCCUCCGACAAGGCUAGAGACCGUCCUGACAAGCCUCGAGGCAGCCUUGCUGAAGGGCACGGAGGUUGACCUGUCUUCACUUAUGGCUAUGACGAAACCCGUUCGAGUACGUGGUGCGCAGCUCGAGUCCCUAAUCAACGGUCUGCGAAGCUCUAUCGGCCAGAUUCAGGGCCCGCCUGGUACUGGAAAAUCCUUCAUUGGGGCGCUGAUUGUGCUGCUGAUCCUGAAACUCACGGACCAUCGGGUGCUCGUGUUAAGCUAUACGAACCAUGCACUGGAUCAGUUCCUCGCCGACUUGAUGGAUAUUGGCAUCGAGGAGGGAGACAUGGUUAGGCUUGGAUCCAAGUCCUCUACACAAACGCAAUCGCUGGCGCUGGCUGAUUGUACGAGACAACAAGCGUUUCGGCUGGCCCAUGCCGUGUGGACUGCCCUCACAAAGCUCAGACAAGAGGCCAGCGAGCUGAAGGAACAGCUCGCAACUAUGAAGAACAAACUGAAGAAUCCCAUCACCAACCGGGAAAUCCUUACGAUGCUGGAGUUCUCCGAGAAGGAAUCUUCUUUUCAGAUGGCUUUUAAGGUCCCGGAGGCGGAUAACGGUUUCCACAUUGACAGGAAACUCGACAGCCCGAGUGGAUUGAAAAAUUGCAUCGCCCCCGAAGCUUGUUUCGCGUGGGACAUUCCACACGAAGCCAGACGUCAGCUUCACGACAAGUGGUCGAACCAGGUCCGCCAAGACCUCAUUGGGGAUUACAUGGAGCUUGCAGAGACCAACAACCAGCUCCAACGUCAGAUUGACAACCUCUUCGACGAGAGCAAGCGCAACGUGCUGCGCAGCAAGAGAGUGAUUGGUUGCACGACUACUGGCGCUGCCAUGAACCAGUCAAUCAUCAGUGCUGCCGAGCCGGACGUCGUGUUGGUCGAGGAGGCCGGAGAGAUCCUCGAGGCCCACGUCAUUGUUGCCCUCAGUCCCUCGGUCAAGCAACUUUGUCUGAUUGGCGAUCAUAAACAGCUUCGGCCCAAGGUCAACAACUUCAAGCUGACUGUGGAAAAAGGUGACGGAUACGACCUUAAUGUGUCACUCUUCGAGCGGCUGAUUCGGCAAGGCCAUUCUUACUCCGCUCUCCGGCAGCAGCAUCGGAGCCACCCCGAUAUUUCGCACUUUACCAGGCUGCUGGCGUAUGAGAACCUCGAGGACAGCUCCCGGACGCUGAACCGGCCAAAGGUGCGAGGUCUGCAAAAGAGGGUCAUCUUUGUCCAUCACGAGAACAGCGAAGAUCAACUGCCCAAUGUCCAGGACCAACGCGAGCCAGCACUCAAGACCAGCAAGAGUAACCUCUUCGAGGCCGACAUGGUUCUAAAAAUGGUCAAGUAUCUGGGCCAGCAGGGUUAUGGCCCGCAACAGCUGGUCGUUCUCGUGCCAUACCUGGGUCAGCUUUCGCUCCUGAAGCGCAAACUCAGCGAGAGUCACGACCCGUAUCUUAAUGACCUCGACUGUGCCGAGCUCGUGCGCGCCGGCUUGAUGGCGCCGGCUGCGGCUGGCGUCAGCAAAACACCCCUCCGGUUGUCCACCAUCGAUGCAGACAACUAUCAAGGAGAGGAGAGCGACAUCGUCAUUGUCUCCUUGACAAGAAGCAACCCUGGAGGUGACAUUGGGUUUAUGUGUUCUCGUGAGCGUCUCGUGGUCCUCAUGUCACGAGCACGAGAUGGCAUUGUGCUAUUUGGAAACAUGCAUACUUUGAUGAAGAGCAAGAGAGGGGGUGAGCUCUGGAGGGAGUACUUCGAGGCGCUCAAGGACAAGGAAUGCCUAUUCGAUGGGGUUCCGGUUCACUGCGAGAGGCACCCUCAGCGAUCCUUGCUGCUCAAAACGCCAAAAGACUUUGACCAGCAUUGUCCCGAAGGAGACUGUGCCGCACCCUGCGGCGCGAUGCUUCCGUGCGGCAAACAUGCCUGCGCUCGUCGGUGUCAUAGGAUCCAAGAUCACUCCAAGAUUGCUUGCCCCAACUUGGUGGAAGGGACGUGUGACAGGGGCCACAAGACAUCGGUGCCGUGCGGGAAAAGCAGCGAAGGUUGCGAGAUCUGUGCCGACGAAGAUGAGGACGUCCGCCGACGGGCCAAGAGGGACCUUGACUUGGAGCGCAAAAGGCAAACGAGCCAAGAUGAGUAUCGUCGUAAGCGGAAACGGAUUGAAGACGAGAUUGAUCUCCAUCAACGUACAAUCAAGUACGAGGCAGAGAAAGAAGAACAGGGAAAGACCUUGUCCCAGAAACAGGCGGUACUGCAGAGACUUAAGGCCACGAGAGAAAGGAUUUCUGCAGCGAAAGAAAAGUGCUGCAGCAGCCGCGAAGCCUCUGCCAUCAAGAAUGCCGCAGUCGACAAGAAUGAAGACGACGAGUUGGCCAGCUCUGCCAACCAAGAAUGGGGGUCAAUGAAGAGCCACGAAGGGGCACUCAACCCUGCUUUGGAUGACCUGAUGGGCUUGAUUGGCCUGGAUGCGGUCAAAGACGAGUUUCUUUCUGUCAAAUCGAGAAUUGACACCAAGAUUCGACAGGGCGUGUCGCUGACUGAAGAGAGGUUCAGCUGCGCCCUGUUGGGCAACCCCGGCACGGGGAAAACCACGGUGGCCCGCCUAUGGGGUAAAUUCCUUACAAGUGUCGGGGCCAUCCCUGGCGAGGUCUUCAAGGAAACGACAGGAGCCAAGCUGGCCAACGACGGAGUAUCUGCAACCGAGGCGAUGCUCGAGGAGAUCAAGGACGGUGGCGGAGGCGUGCUAUUCAUCGACGAAGCGUACCAGCUUUCGUCAGGGAACAGCCCGGGCGGCCGUGCCAUCAUGGACUACCUGCUCGCCGAGGUGGAGAAUCUUCGAGGAAAGGUCGUCUUUGUCCUCGCCGGAUAUCGCAAACAGAUGGAAUCUUUCUUUGCACACAACCCGGGGCUGCCUGGCCGGUUCCCCGUCGAAAUGGCAUUUGAAGACUACGAUGAUGCUCAACUGCUUAAGAUACUCCAGCGCAAGAUAAACCGGAUAUGGAGCGGCAAGAUGGCUGCGGAGGGAGGGGUUGACGGGUUGUUCCCGAGAAUCGCCGCCCGCCGUGUCGGCCGCGGACGGGGCACAGAAGGAUUCGGCAACGCUCGUGCGAUUGAGGGUGCCCUGGCCAAGAUUUAG